UCUCGACAAGGAAGCCGACGUUACAGUUCAAGAUGAGGAUGGCGACACAGCACUUCAUAAUGCAUCUUCGAACGGACAUAUAGACAUAGUCAAGCUGCUUCUCGACAAGGAAGCCGAUGUCUCCGCUGCAAGCAAGGAUGGCUGGACGUCACUUCAUAGUGCAUCUUUGAACGGACAUACUAAUGUAGUCAAGCUGCUUCUCGACAAGGAAGCCGACGUUAUAGUUCAAGAUAAGGAUGGCGACACAGCACUUCAUAAUGCAUCUUCGAACGGACAUAUAGACAUAGUCAAGCUGCUUCUCGAGACGGGUUCCAAUCCUAGUCGUGUAAAUACCCAGGGAUGGACACCGCUUCAUUCUGCUGCCAAAAAGGGGCAUGCAGAAGUAGUAACGGCAUUAUGCGGAAACCCGUGUCUGAAUAUGUCACAGCAAGAUAACAACGGUCGUACUGCACUUUUUAUUGCUUCGAUGCGUGGUCACCUUAACGUUCUGCAGAUCUUACUGUCAAAAAGCCCCACUGACGUUUAUACCAAGGACCGGUACAAUGCUACACCAUUAUUUGUUGCUUCACGACAUGGACACAAGCAGGUGGCAAAUACCUUGCUGUCUAUCGACGUUAUGUCCUUAGGGUCGGCCGAUGUUUUUGGAAGAACCAUACUAUGGUGGACCCGGAAAAGCGGAAAUUCUCUCAAGGUGGAUCUUGUCAACCACAAUAUCGGUUUGGCUUCUAGGGUGGACGAUGCAGGUGCUGAAAGCGUGCACUCUGAGGCGGCAAUGCCGGAUGACACAUAUGCUUGGUGUGAUGUCUGCACAAUGGACAUUCAAAAUGAUUGCGACCACUAUAGCUGCGCAAUCUGCGAUGGUGGCGAUUUUUGUAUAUGCAUGGCAUGCUUCGAGUUUGGUGUGCAGUGUCAGGGUGCGGAGCAUGAGUGGAGCUUGGUUAGGGGACAGCGUGAAGCAUCUUUGGCCUGAUACUCUCUGUAUGCUCCGUCAUCUAAACCAGAGUAAUAGCACU